CCCCCGGGGCCGGCCCGCGCCGGGUGGAGGCGGCGCUUCCCGGCGGCCUGCACCUCCGCGCGGCCGGAUCGGGCCCAGGAGCGGGGAGCGGGUGCUAAGCGGGGUGCCCCCCCCCCCGACGGGAUUUAGGGGUGCCCCCCGCCGCGGUGCACAGCAUGGCCUCGGGCAGGGCGCGGCAGGGGGCCCGGGACACGUCGGGGCGCGCGUGGCCGGAGCGCGGCUGGGACUGGGGGUGCCCGGCGCUGCGGCGCCGGCUGGAGGAGCUGCACUUCGGGGCGGACGGGGACGGCUGCCUGCGGGCCGGCUCCGAGGACGCCCGCCGCUUCUGGGCCUUCUUCGAGCGGCUGCAGCGCUUCCAGGGCGGGCGCGCGGAGCGGGACCCCCCGGCGGCGCCCGCCCGGCCGGGGGCCUACGACCCCCGCCACCGCAUCAACCUGGCGGUGCGGGGCGAGCCGGGGGCGUGCGGGGUGCCGCGGGCGCGGCUGGCCGAGUUCCGCGCCGGCCUGCUGCACUACCUGGACUUCGCGCAGAAGCAGAGCUUCGCCAGGCUGGCCCGGCUGCAGCGGGAGCGGGCGGCGCUGCCCAUCGCCCAGUACCGCCGGCGGCUGCUGGAGGCCGUGGCCGAGCACCGGGUGGUGGUGGUGGCGGGGGACACGGGCUGCGGCAAGUCCACGCAGGCGCCCCAGUACCUGCUGGCCGCCGGCUACAGCCACGUGGCCUGCACGCAGCCCCGCCGCAUCGCCUGCGUCUCCCUGGCCAAGCGCGUGGCCUUCGAGAGCCUGCACCAGUACGGGUCCGAGGUCGGGUACCAGAUCCGUUUCGAGAGCAGCCGGUCGCCGGCCACCAGGAUCGUCUUCCUGACGGAGGGGCUGCUGCUGCGGCAGGUGCAGCGCGAGCCGACGCUGCCCGGGUACCGGGUGCUGAUCGUGGACGAGGUGCACGAACGCCACCUGCACGCCGACUUCCUGCUGGGCGUGCUGCGCCGCCUCCUGCCCGCUCGCCCCGACCUCAAGCUCAUCCUCAUGUCGGCCACCAUCAACAUCCGCCUCUUCUCCAGCUACUUCGGGGGUGCCCCCGUGGUCCAGGUGCCCGGGCGGCUCUUCCCCAUCACGGUCAUUUACCAGCCCAUCCCCCCGGAGGAGGCAGCAGGGGCAGGCGGGAAGCAGGAGCGCCUGGACCCCCGGCCCUACCUGCGGGUGCUGCAGGCCAUCGACCACAAGUACCCGCCCGAGGAGCGCGGCGACCUGCUGGUCUUCCUCAGCGGCGUGGCCGAGAUCGGGGCCGUGCUGGAGGCCGCGCAGACCUACGCCACCCACACGCAGCGCUGGGUGGUGCUGCCCCUGCACAGCACCCUCUCCAUCGCCGAGCAGGACAAGGUCUUUGACCUGCCGCCCCCGGGCGUCCGCAAGUGCAUCCUCUCCACCAACAUUGCCGAGACCUCGGUCACCAUCGACGGCGUGCGCUUCGUCCUGGACUCCGGGAAGGUGAAGGAGAUGAGCUACGAUCCCCAGGCCAAGCUGCAGCGGCUGCAGGAGUUCUGGAUCAGCCGGGCCAGCGCAGAGCAGCGCAAGGGGCGUGCGGGCCGGACGGGGCCCGGCGUGUGCUACCGGCUCUACGCCGAGUCCGACUACGACGCCUUCGCCCCCUACCCCGUGCCCGAGAUCCAGCGCGUGGCACUCGAUGCCCUGGUGCUCCAGAUGAAGAGCAUGUGUCUGGGCGACCCCCGGAGCUUCCCCUUCCUGGAGCCACCGCCACCGUCCAGCCUGGAGACAGCCAUGCGCUACCUGCGGGAGCAGGGGGCCCUCGAUGACGCCGAGGACCUGACACCCAUCGGGAGCUUGCUGGCUCAGCUGCCCGUGGACGUGGUGGUCGGGAAGAUGCUGGUCCUCGGGGUGCUGUUCGGCCUGGCCGAGCCGGUGCUCACGGCCGCAGCACUGCUGAGCGUGCAGUCCCCGUUCCUGCGCCCCGCGCACGCCAACCCUGACUGUGCUACAGCCCGCCGGCCCCUCGAGAGCCCCCACGGCGACCCCCUCACGCUGCUCAACACCUUCAACCAGUGGGUGCAGGUGAAGUCGGAGCGGAGCAGCAACUCGCGGAAGUGGUGCCGGCGCCGGGGCCUGGAGGAGCAUCGGCUCUACGAGGCGGCCAACCUGCGACGACAGUUCCAGGACCUGCUCCGGGACCACGGGCUGGUGAAGGUGGCAUCCGCCCGGGCCAGCGACAGCUACACGCAGCAGAGCCGGCACCGGGAGCGCCGGGAGCUGCACCGGCUGUGGCGGCGACACGAGCAGACGGAGGGCCGGCGGCGCAAGGCGCUCAAGCUGCAGGACGGGGAGGCUGCGUCCUCCAGCGAGGAUGAGGGUGCGGGCGCCCCUGGGGAUGGAGACAGGGCACGCAGCGUCGACAUCCAGGACGUCAAGUUCAAGCUGCGUCACAACGUGGACGAGCUCCAGGCCGUGUCCGGCUCGGCCCUGUCCCCCCAGCAGCUCACCCUGCUCAAGCUGGUUCUGUGUCGGGGCCUCUACCCCCAGCUGGCCGUGCCCGACUCCUUCAACAGCUGCCGCAAGGACUCUGACCAGAUUUUCCAUACCAGGAGCAAGCAGGGGGUUGUCCUGCACCCGACUUCGGUCUUUGCCACCAGCCCCGAGCUGCUGCUGCCCAAAGAGGAGCGUGGGAAGAGCCAAGAGUCCAAGGAGGGGCUGAGCAGCCGCCACCAGCUCCUGGCCUUCGUGUCGCUGCUGGAGACCAACAAGCCCUACCUGGUGAACUGCGUGCGGGUCCCGGCGCUGCAGGCCCUGCUGCUCUUCUCCCGCUGCUUGGACACGAGCGCCGACUGCACGCGCCUGGUGGCGGACGCCUGGCUGGAGCUGCACGUGCCCGACAGCGAGGCUGCCCUGCGCCUGCUCUCCGCGGCCCUGCAGCACCGCGCCGCCUGGGAACGGCUGCUGAACCAGCAGCUGGAGGGCAGGGCUGGGGUGCCGGAGCCGGGGCCGGACGCCCGGGAGGUGACAGCGCUGACCCGGGGGCUGCUGGAAUUCAUGCAGUCGGAGGUGCAAUACAGCCUGCACCGGCUCUCGGGACUGGAGAAGCAGAGCCUGUACGUGGGCCCCCAGACAGUGGCAGCCGCGCCGGGGCUCCCGGGGCUCUUCCAAGGAGCGGAGAUGACGCCCGACGAGGUGAAAGGCGGGUACCGCGUGACUGACUACCUGACCUACAACUGCCUCACUAGCGACACCGACCUAUACAGCGAGUGCCUGCGCAGCUUCUGGACCUGCCCGCACUGCGACCUCCACAUGCCCUUCACCCCACUGGAGCGCGUGAGCCAUGAGAGGAGCUGCCGGCCUGCCGAGGAACCGCCCCCAGAGGAGCCUGCGGAGAGUUUGUCCAAAACCAGCGCUCUGCAGAGACUGUAUCACUGCGACGCCUGCCAGCGGGACUUCAUGUUCACGUCCACGGAGAUCCUGCGGCACAGGAAGCAGCACCAGUGACCCCAGGCGGCCUCGGCGCCCCUCCCGGGGACUGCGAGCCAGGACUCCUGGGUUCGGCCCCUGCUCAGGAUGGAGCCCUGCAAAGCCCCUCGCAGGGGGUCCCGCCUUCAUGAACUGGCCAGGAUGGAGGCUGGGGCGGCAAUCGGGUCCCAGCCUUGCAGCACUGCUACCUCAGAGACUCUUGGGUUCGUUAGUUUUGCUGGUUCGUUAAGGGGCUCCUGGCUGGCUGGGUGCCCCCGCCCCAGGCCAGAUUCGUUUGUACCGGUGUUAAUAAACAUCCUCCUGCUGAUGAGCAAA